AUGUUCUCACGGAGGUACGCGACGUAUUCAUGUCACAGCCAAUGCUGCUGGAGAUCCGCCCACCUGUACGCCUCUGUGGCGACAUACACGGGCAGUACUACGAUCUGCUACGNAAACCUUUUGGAAAAACUUCUCACUGCGAAAGGAAGCACCACACAGCAGCAGAUCCUUAUUCGUGAGGAGGAUAUACGUAAUGUUCUCACGGAGGUACGCGAUGUAUUCAUGUCACAGCCAAUGCUGCUGGAGAUCCGCCCACCUGUACGCCUCUGUGGCGACAUACACGGGCAGUACUACGAUCUGCUACGCAUAUUCGAGAAGUGUGGGUUCCCACC